GGUGAUGGAUGGACACACUGUGUUGUGUUUGAUCCAACAGAGUGUUAAUGAUGGCCGUCGUCCUGGUAGAGCCAAACUAAAAACGGUGAACAGUCGAGCGGAUGUGUAUCAGCUGAUGCGGCCCAUUAGCUCAUCCAUCUCGGGUGUAAUGAGCAGCUGACACACACACACGGCCAGCCAGCCAUUCCCCCCUCUACUCUACUCCGCUUCCACACCAGACAUGGAAGGUAAAGGCAAUCACGGCGAUGGCGGCGGCAGCGGCUUGUCAUCAAUCGAAUGGUUGGGAAAAGAAAAGUGCAUUGGGGACCUCCCUCCUCAAUAAUAACCAUAAAAAUCAUCAAAAUCAAAAGAAAAAAGAGAAAAGAAAGAAAAGUAGGAGGAAGACUAAACAGUAGCCGCCGCCGCCAAUGCGCCACCACGACUGGCAGUCUCAGCAACUUGUGACGAGGGCAGACAACAGACAAACUCAGUCGGCUCCUGAGCUUCGUCCCUGCUGGACGUGUACGUGUUCUCCCCACCACCAACCCCUUUGACUCUCUCCCAAUAAAAGUGUCAAUUGAUAUUUUUAAAAAAUUACAAUUUGGAAAGAAAUAAGAAAUAAGAAAAGUGUGCGAUAUCCCAUCAGCAGAUAAUGCUUACAUCCAACGGCAAUCCGUAUUUGCGACCGGAAUAUCUCAACCCGCCACCACCCACCACGAUGGAUUCGAAGAAAAGUCCGUUGGCUCUGCUGGCCCAGACUUGCAGUCAAAUCGGAGCAGAUCCUCCGGCCGUCAAAACGUCGUCGUCGUCGUCCACUUUAUCGUCCAGCGGAACAACAACAACAACACAACCAACAACAACGGAACGCAAGAAAAGUGAAAGCAAAAGCAGUCCAGUCUUGUCCGUCGACAACAACAACCGAUCCAGCGAUCCGGCAGUCAUCACUCCAACAACGACUAAAAACAAAAAGAACAACAACAACAACAACGAAAACAACAACCGACUGACGCCAACGGAUCGCCGAUCGAAAAGCACUUCACCUAAAAACCCCAAUCGAUCCAGCGGCGGUGGGCCAGCAGCAGCAGCAGCGGCGGGCCAGAAUUUAUCGUCUGCUGGUCUCCCGAUGGAUCACCAAUCACCGACGACAACGACGGCGGCCAGUGUGUCAACAGGAUUGAUGAGUCACCUCCUCCUACACCCGUCACAACAACAACAACAUCCUGGCGUUUCUUCCAUCCAUCCAUCGUCUCACCACCACCACCUAAUGAUGGCGGCAGCACUAGCCGGAUCACCCGAUUCAUCUUCUUCUUCUUCCGUCGCUGCCUUGUCCCUUGCCAACAGUUACAAAUCCCUGAUGGCCGCCGCCGCCGGAAUGGGCGGCAGUGGACCCUACGGAGCCCCUUAUCCGCCUCCUCCGCAUUCAUCUCCUUACGCAGGAGGAGGAGGUGGGGGUUACGGUCCACCUCAUCAUCCGUCAGCCAUGGAUUUCGGCGCCUACGCCAGUGCCUUGAAUGCCGCCAAAUCUUCCUCUUCCGUCGCCGCCGGACACAAUCCUUUUAUCCCCACAUCCACCGCUGCUGCUAUGAUGAGCGGCUACUUGGCCGGCCAUCCGGCCGCCGCUUAUUCCGCCGCUCUCCAGCAAGCCAUGCAACAACAACAAUAUGGCAACGCUGCAAUCAAUCGCGCCGGAUCCAAAUCUGAUCCAAAUCCUCCGUGUCGUGAUCCUUACUGCACCGGAUGCCCAGCCAACAACAACAACAAUUCCGGACCACCACCACCUUCGUCGACAGGAGUUCACAUGGUGUGCACGGCCGGAUGCGGUUUGGGCGUCCAAUGCGACCACCUUAAAGUCCCGAUUUCUGCCCAGCACUUGAUGAUGUCGUCGUCCAGUCCCGGCCCGUCUUCGCCGCACAACAACCGGCCAUACGUUUGCAAUUGGAUCGUGGGUGACAAUUAUUGCGGCAAAAGGUUCGGCUCAUCCGACGAUCUCCUCCAGCACCUCCGCACGCACACGAAUCUCUCGGCGGCCAAUUCAUCGGACGGUCCAGUGAGCGCGGCAGCUUUCGCUCAUCCAUCGGCCCAUCCAUCAUCGAUGAUGCGGGCAGCCUAUCCGACUCCGCCCCUUAGUCCAUUGUCAGCCGCACGUUAUCAUCCGUACGGCAAAAGCAAUCCGGCCACCACACAACAACAACAACAACAACCGAGUAGUCCUUUCCCGUUCCAUCCUCACCAUCAUCCGGGAAUGGCGGCCGCCAUGGCGCAGGCUAUGGCCGCCUCCGCCGGACCUUACGGCCCACCUCCAUCGACGGCAUCACUUUUCCAGCAUUUGAAUCCGGCCCUUGCCCCUUACUACUCUCACCUGUCACUUUUCGCCCAUCAGCAGCAACAGCAGGCGGCCAAUCAGCCGUCAGGGUCUAGACAGCAGCAGGGUGUAGUCCUUCCGUCUGCGGGUCCCGCACCUCCAGGAGGAGCAGCACCGCCUUAAUACAAAACUGGAACUAUUUUGGUUCAGACUCCAAGUGUACAGCCAAUUUGAGUGCGUGUCGAGUGAUUCGGCCAUUUUGUUUUGUUUUGUAAAAAUAGUUUUGACUUUCUCUCCCGUUUGACAUCCGUACCAAUAAAAUAAUCAGGAAAAUUCAAAAGGAAAAA